UAAUAACAAAUAAAUUUCAAUAUUAUUCAAUUAAAAUUUUGUCUAAUUUAACAAUUUUUUUUUUUCGAAGUUGAUUUUUACAACAAACUACAAAAUUUUUAAUAUAGCCGCAUAAUCCAUUAUAUAAAUAUUUCAAUGAUUUAGGGUUAGGGAACAUUAAAUGACUACUUAAAUGAUCUAGAUUAUGGCUAUGAUCCUAAAAUGAAAAUGAUUAGUCUGUAAUAAUACUUCAGCCAACAACAAAGAUAAGAUUAAUAACAAUAAAUCGAUUAUAAUCGCUUGUUUUAAGAGAUAGUAGAUUAAUCAUCUAUACGUAACUAGCUUGAUAGAAGAAAAAAAGAAGAGUUUUAAUACGUUAACAAACCUUUUUUGUAGAAAAAAGAAAGAGGAAAUAGUAAUGGAGGUAUUUCUAUAGGUGAGCUAAGAGAUUUGACUCCUAAAGUUGAGAAAAUAAAAAAUUAUCGCUCAAAUAGCACUAUAUAAUAAAACAGAAGUAGUUCUAGGAAUAAUAGCAUUUAAUAAUAGUAUUUCCUUGAAAAAUAACUACCAAAUUAAGUAUUCACAGAAACAAAUAAUCCUUUUAAUAAAUUUGAAAGAAAUAAAACUAGUAACAAUAGUUUUUAACAAAGAAAAAAUUUUAAUGAGAAAUUUAUUAAUGAAAUCAAAAUAGAUCAUCAUAUGAUGCCUUCAAUGGGUUUUCAUAUGUCAAAGAACCAAACAUUUUACUAAAAUAAUAAAAAUCUAAAGAAGAAUCAUUAUCUAUUAAAGACUACAGUUAAAUAAGAAAAUUAAGAUAAUUAAUAGAAAGCAAGAUAUACCUCCUAUGAUCAAUCUUGCUUUAGACUUCAAAAAGAUUACAAAGAUAUAAGAUAUUCUGAUGAAACAGAUGCAAAAACAAAAAAAGAAUCUAAAUCUAAUGAUUUAUUUGAAUCCAACACACAUUUUAAAAAUGACAUUUCAACAAUGCAAUAAAACAACUCAUUUCACUAAAAAAAAGUCUAAAAUACAUAUGAGUCUCUUACUGGUAUGGAUCAAUAAAUAGAUAAUUUAUCAGAUGAUAUUUCUGCUUCAGAAUAUGAUUAGCUUUUAAUUGACUAAGAUUAAAUUGAGAAAUAUGAAAAGACAAGAAUGCACCUAAAAAACUUGGUUAUGAAUAAAUGGGAAAAAAAUAAUGAAAAAAAAUCUAAAUUUGUUGAUAAUCCUCAAGACUAUUUAAGGUAAUUAGGCACACUGCAAUGGGCUAAAAAUCAUAAAAAAGAUAAGCAAAAAUCAUUCAAUAGAUAUAAAGAAUUAAUUGAGUGCAUGGAGUUUGAUAAAGACGGAAAUCCUAUUUCUAAAAAGCAAAAGGAACAAGAUAAAAAGCAAGCUAAAAAACACUAUGCUCCUGAAUAUAUAAAAAGAAUAAUGGAUGUUACUUAGCUGAACUCAGCUCCAAGACAAAAUUGGGCAAAACUGAAUAAUAAAUUAUUUGUCACAAAAGCUCUUAUGAGAAAUUUAAGUAUGCUGUCUAAGACUUCUUAAGAUGAUUCUAAAGAAGAAAAAAUGCAGAAAGCAUAAGAAGAAUUAGCAAAUAGAUUGGAUUUGAAUGAAGAUUGUGUAUCUGUUAAUAAUGAAAUGACUCCAAAAGCGAAUGAAAUGGAUAUGUAAGCUUCUGUAAUAAAUAAAAAUAAUAACAACAUUUUAAAACAAUCACUUUCUAUUUUUUCAUAAAGAUCUCAAUAAAAAAAUACAAUAAGUUCUAAAUUAUCCUAAGAAAAAGAAAACCUCACAUUCACUACCUUAUCUUAAUAAUAGUGGUAAUAAUAAAAAUAAUAAAAUAAAUAGCAAUAACCUUAAAAAUUUUAUAUUAAUCUGCUUAACUAGAAGCCAUAAGAAUCUUACUUAUAAAGAAAUAAUAAAUUUUAAAAUUUAACACCUAUCAAAGUAAGGGAAAAGAGAGCUGACUCUAGUCAAUAAAAUAAUGUGACUCCCAUUAAAAAUAGAGCAUCUAGCUAAAAAUAGUAAAACAACAAUAAUAAACUUUAAAACUCUACUGGCGGAUCUGUAAACAAUAAUAUGAAAAUACAAUACAGAAACACUCAUUAAGAAGUAAUAAAAGGAUUAGAUUAGAUAAUUAAUGAGUUGACGGGAGGAAAUAAAUGA